CCAAAGCAGUCUCUCUCCAUCACACACUCCCAUGGGCUGCCACGCUGCCUCCUGGCUAUGCGCGCCGAUGCCCACAGCCACAACCACCACCGGGUCAUCCAAAUUCUACAAGUCAACUACCAUCUUCUGCUGCAUCAACAGUCCUGCAGAUUCAACGCAUCCCUCGCCGUCGGUAUCGACUGGCUCCUCCAGCCGCCGGUGGUACAAUCCCCUGAAGAAAAGGCCGUUGGAUCAGCCACCUGAGAUUGUGCGCCAUUGGAUCGAUUCCGAUCAUCCGUUCCCCUCGCAGGAAACAUUUACAGUUGUGUCAUAUAACAUAUUGGGGGAUAGAAAUGCUUUCAAGCACAGAGAUCUCUACUCCAAUGUUCCCUUCUCUUACAUGAAAUGGGACCACCGAAGGAGGGUUAUAUGCAAUGAAAUCAUUGGAUGGAACCCUGAUAUAGUCUGUCUGCAAGAGGUGGACAAGUAUUUUGAUCUUGUAAGCAUUAUGGAGAAAGAGGGAUAUGCUGGUUCUUAUAAGAGACGCACUGGAGACACUGUUGAUGGCUGUGCUAUGUUUUGGAAAGCUGAGAAGUUUCGGUUAUUAGAGGGAGAGUGCAUUGAAUUUAAGCAAUAUGGUCUUCGUGAUAAUGUUGCUCAACUUUCUCUUUUCGAGAUGUGUGAAGAUGAAUCAAGAAAGCUGUUGGUUGGUAACAUACAUGUGCUGUAUAACCCAAGCCGAGGGGAUGUUAAAUUAGGUCAAAUCCGUUUUUUAUCAUCAAGGGCACAUAUCCUCUCAGAGAAAUGGGGUAAUGUCCCUGUUGUUCUUGCUGGUGAUUUCAAUAGUACUCCUCAGAGUGCAAUGUACCAAUUCUUGUCAUCAUCUGAGCUAAAUAUCAUGUUAUAUGACAGAAGAGAGCUUUCUGGUCAGAGAAAUUGUCAUCCUGCUCAAGUUUUUGAUGUUGAAAGAGAAAUAUCAAGUUCCUUUAUUUUGAUGGACAGGUUUUUGAAAGGUUGUUGGACAGAUGAGGAGGUUAAAGUGGCAACUGGCAAUGCUGAUUGCCAUGUUGUUGUGCAUCCUUUGAAGCUUAAGAGCUCCUAUGCCACAGUGAAGAGUUCGACAAGAACAAGGGGCUUCAAUGGUGAACCUUUAGCUACCUCCUACCACUCAAAGUUCCUUGGAACUGUUGACUAUUUGUGGUACUCAGAUGGUGUUGUACCUACCAGAGUUCUGGAUACUCUUCCAGUUGAUAUUCUGCGGGGAUUGGGUGGCCUUCCAUGCAGGGAAGUGGGAAGUGAUCACUUGGCUCUGGUUUCUGAGUUUGCCUUCGCACAAGGCACAGAAGAAGGAAACAAUAUGACAUCUAUGGUGCUUCAGCAUAAGAAUUUUAAAAGGGGUAGUUAAACUCAUUAGGAAAAUCAUUGAAUGUAAGUCAUUCUGUAGGGAUAUGUUACAAAUAUAAUUCUUUUAGCUUUAUGCUUCAAAUAAGCUGACUUUGACAACUUCAUUGGUUCAGCUAAACUUUGGAUUAAAUUAAGAUACUGUUAUUGAAACAUCGCCAUCA